ACAUGGGCUUCGGAGAAAAAAAUGCCACAAAGAAUUGAGGAGUCGAGUCGUUCGCACUCGGAUGGAUUUGGGGUGAACACGCUGUCAGUAACCCGAUAACAAGCCGAAACGUAACCCUUUCAUUCCGUAUAAAUGUAUUAUUUGUGAUUAGAUAUGACGGAAAUGUUUUCAACUCUGUUCGGGCAAAACGAAGCUCAGGGACCCGGCUCGUCGUCUCUGGGUUUCGGACCGGGGAAGCCUCCGCCGCCUCUCGCUCAAAAUCAGGUCUCCAUGGCGGGGCAGAUGACACCGCAGCUCGGGGAUGAAGGGCCUACCCUGCGGAAGCCCGGAGCCAUGAAUGAACCGUUCUACUUACUGCGGGAGCUUCCUGUGGGAAACGAGUUGACGGGCAACACCAACCUCAUCACGCACUACAACCUGGAGCACGCCUUCAACAAAUUCUGUGGGAAGAAGGUGAAGGAGAAGCUCAGCAACUUUCUGCCAGAGUUACCAGGUAUGAUCGACUGUCCGGGCACCCAGGACGGCAGCUCGUUGCGCUCUCUGAUUGAUAAGCCUCCUGUUUGUGGGAACUCCUUCAGCCCAUUGACAGGCGCUCUGCUCACAGGCUUCAGACUACACACAGGACCGCUACCAGAACAGUACAGACUGAUGCACAUACAGCCUCCAAAGAAGAAGAGCAAACACAAGCAUAAACACCAUCGACUACAGGACCCUUUACCCCAAGAAACCCCAUCAGACACUGAUCCCAAGAAGAAGAAGAAGAAAAGGGAUGAUGAUCCCGACCGGAAGAAAAAGAAGAAGGACAAGAAAAAGAAGAAGAACCGCCACAGUCCCGACCACCCUGGCCUCGCUGGAUCACAACCCAACAGCAACAGCCUCAGAUAGACAGGAGCCCAGUGUGUGCAUGCCGGUGUUUGAACGGGUGCGCGUGUGUGUGUGCGUGCGACUGUGCAUUUUGUAAGAGAUGCGUGUGUAUUUUGCAGAUAAUUGUAUUAUCGAGAGUUUGUUUUAAACAGAGUAGAGGUAACGCAAAUGGUUGUAUGAUGAGGGUGAAAGGAUCAGCGACACAGUGGACGUGUGUGAUAAUGUAAAGAGAUGUUACAGAGAAGUGUAAAGGGUGGAGAGCCGCUGAUAAGCUGGGUCGUGUGUGUGUGUGUGUGUCUCCCACUUUGAUUUUGUUGUGGUAUCUUUUGACCAUAUUGACUAAAUCAAAUAAACUUUUGGUUAUUACA